GUGGCAUUUAAACUUUUAAUGCUCCUACAACGAAAGCAACUAUUUUUAUUUUCAAAAAUAUAAUAUUUCAGCUUAAGGUUCUAACUUUAGUGCUACUAAUGGAUCUAAGCGAACAUGAGUUGGCCGAAUUGGAAGAAAGACUUUAUUCUAGUGUUCAUCAUGUGAGUACAGAACCGUGCAUUCUUGACAGUGCGUCGAAGCCUUGUGCUGAUUUGAUAGAUCCUAAUUCGUCACGUUCACAAAAACGUGUGGUAACCGAUAAGGUAGUUAUUAAUGAUGCUCGUCAAAGUAAUUCAAAGUUGAAGCGAUACUGGAGCUCAUUACAGCAACAUCAUGUAAAACCCUAUCCUGGAAUUCAGGGAAAUAAAGUCUGGAUUGAUGGUAAUGCAAAAAUGGAUACUAGCAGUACAAGCACAUUUGAGAAGAAACAGACAUUCAAACCUUACCAGUCAAUUCUAGGAGGCCUUACAAAAAAUGAUGUAGAAGGGACUGAAUUUUUACCGAUGAGGUCACACACGGAAGAGAGGCCGAAAAAGAAAAAAAUAUUAGAAAGCAAUGUAAAAAGCACUACCAAUGUAAAUCCUGAAAGAAGCAGAAAAAUUGAACAAUUUAGAAAAAUGAAAGCAAAGAAAACUAAGGCUCAGCGAUGUCGCCAAAAAACUUGCACUGAGAGGUUGGUAGCAACAAUUGAAAUAGAAUCGUCCUCGGAAGAAGAUGGAGAAUAUCAUUCACCAGAGCCUAUCAAACAAGAAAUAGAGUGUCAGGAUUUAGAGGAUUCAGAUCCAGAUGAAGUAGUUGUUAUACCAUCUGCUCCACCUCCCCUUGUUUGUAUCGAAAGCAGUGACGAUGAAGUUGAUAAAGGCAAAUUUACUCGCCCAAACUCUAAAAAAAAGAAAAAUUCUGGAGUUAAAAAGACUAUAUCGCCACGCUGUUUAAGUCCCUCGAAUAGUUCCAUGAUGUCUGAUGAUUUUCUUGGGCAGAAUGAUCGAGCGCGACUGAAUGAUAGUUUUAUAGAAGGUAUCACGAAUGAUGACGAGUUGGACACUGGAGACCACGGAGAUUUAACGGAUAUUUCCCGCGUAGGCCGUGCCCCAUCAAUUUCCUCCGAAGGAACAGUUGCUACUAGUAGCGAUACUACUGAUCCUGAUAAGCGAAACGGAAUAAAAGCGGUCGCAGGACGGCCUCCUGAUAUACGUCAGCCUGUGGUUAUGCCUAAGUCUUCGACGCCAAAACAAUUAUUACCUUUGAAAAAGCAAAUCAUGCCUAAGGAUAAUGAAAAAUUGGUAGAUGCUGACAGCAUUUACACUGCCACAUCCACUCGCAAACCAACAUCAGCUACGGAAAAGCUUGCCAGUAGUGAUUCAUCAGACAAUAGCACCGGUGGAAACAUUUCUUCUCACUCAAGGCGGUCUAAGUCUGUUCAUUCAGAUAGCAGUUGCAAAAGUUCAAAAAGAUCGCAUAAGAAACGUCGCAAGCAAGAAAGCGAGCAUUACUCUGAUGAGGAUUUUGCUCUAAUGCUAACUGAUAUUGUACAUGCAAUGUCCGAGAACGAAAAAGAUAAAGAUAUUAGUUCCGAGGAAAGCUAUGUAGGUCAGUUGGAAUCGUCAACACUUGAUACGGCUUCGACGGAUCAAACGGUCGAAAAUCCGACAGGGAAAGACCCCAGAAAUAGUCUUGGCGAAACGUCGGUGCCGAAAGAUCAGGAAGUCGAUAUAGAUUCACCCGUGGUAGAACCGAAGGCGACAGAAAUAUCUAAUAGUUCUGUUUCAUUGGAACAAGUAUGUAGUCCGUCAGACAUACCCACCGAAACUCCAACAGUGAUCAAUUUAACAGAAUCCAACGAAAUUGAUGAUUUCGAUUGCGGCGAACGUGUAGGUUUUUGUGCCGAUGAUCCAGAACAUUGCUGGAAUGAUGAAAUGAAGCGAUUUUACCAUAAUUCUUGGGAUUGCGAAGAUUUUAAUAUUUCAACGGUAUUGUUUAAUAUGCCGCGCUCCAGUAAAAGUUGGCCAAUCGUGCAUCUAGAUAAAUAUCCAGAUCCACCACGAAAAGAAAUAAUCUGCAACAAUUGCGGGGAACGAGGUCACAUGCGCUACAAAUGCCGUAAUCGGCCCAAACCAGGAAUUUGUUUCAUGUGUGGACAAACAGGCCAUCAGGAACCGCGCUGUCCCAAUACUUUGUGCCUUAAGUGUGGAGAGAAGACCAGAAAUUUCAUGCGAGGAUGUCAAGCUUGCAGUCGAGAACAAAACAUGUCCUGUCAUCUGUGUGGAAUUCGUGGGCAUGCCCAUCGUAACUGUCCGGACAAAUGGCGUCGUUAUCAUUCAACGAUUGAGGAUAACGUACCACUAACACAAACCCUCAAUCGCAAUCCAAAUGCGAAACAUUGUUGCAUUUGCUCGCGUCCGGGUCACCAAGCGCACAUGUGCAACUCUGCACUACGUAUCUUUGGCCAGCUUGUUCCAACGACAGAAGUGAAAAGUUACCAGCCAAUGUACAACAUUAACGAAUUCCGUCAACAGCGAAAUCCAAAUUCGGGACAAAAAUUUAACAUGUUUGGCGAUUUAACAGACUAUCAAUUAAACUUUGAUAGUUCAUUUGCGAUGAAUGAUAAAAGCUUUUAUAAUAGAUUUGUGAAAUCAGUUGGACUGUUUGAGAAAAAGAAACAAAGAGAGGAAAUAAUGUCCCGAAAGAUACAGAGAGAAAGAAGAAAACGAAAACAAGCAGCAAAAAAUGUGGUUGCUGAACAGGAUCCUUUGAAAGAAAUAGACGCAACUAUCGAGGAAGCUGUUAUGGAAACCAACACAAAUUCGGCUUCUAAAGACGUUACGGAAAAGCUAGCUCGAGAGGAUUCAAACUAUAGUUUUUCUGAGUUUUUUGAAGACGCAUCUUCAACACAAACUCCGCAAAGGAUGAAAUCUCCAGCGGAUUUUAUUCCACUAACAUCCAGUAUAGUCACACCGCUUGAACCUUUAACUGCUGAAAUCGAACCCAGGAAAACGAACGCAAAAAUUUUCCUUACUAAGCAGCAUGCCAAAGUGCUUUUAGGGCCAAAUGGCACCGCUUUUCUAAAAGAUGCAUCGGAAAAAUUUGCGCUUCAGUUGAGUGUUCUCUUCCAAUCAGUUGGAAACGUUUUAUUGGUGAAUGGCUUAUCGAAAGAUCAAGACAAUUUUCACAAUGAACUAGUAAAAUUUCUAAAUGAUGGUUCGCACCAAAACGAUCAACUCAUGCACAUCAACAAUGUCCCUAAGCUUACCGAAAAAACUAUUCUGUAUAUAGUGGAACAUUUGCGACUACUUACACGGCCAUAUGAGAAUGUUAAAAGCAUGUUUCGGCGCUACCAACAUUUUGAGGAGCAAGGUGGCAGCGCAAAAACCGCUGAUAAAAUUCGUCGAAAUCUAAACAUAAUACUGUUUGGACAAUUUGGAUUACGGAAAGGUAGAGAUCACCUUAACAAACUUCAAGUCAAUCUGAAAGCAUUACGAAAUAGCCAAGAAAUUAAUGUGUCAAUGGAUAUUAGAAAUGAAAUCAAUCAGCAUAUUCGUUACAUUUUCACUGCAUAUGAUCAUGCCGACUAUGCUGACAUUCUCAAUGAAUUCGAAGACCUGAGGAAAAGUCAGAAGUUGAAUAAGAUAAAGACCGAGGAUUUAGAUUUACUUCCGCUUCCAUCGAGUAAAAACGUACUGUCAGCAGACAAGGACAUUGCUGAUGAAUCGUACAACUCGACGAAGGGUCUGAACUACGAAGAUAACAGUUUUGUCGAACAAUCUCACAAUGAAGAUCUAAUCUUGAAUAUUUCCAAUCAACUAAUAGCUCUACCGAACCUAGAAACCUCAACGAAUGAAUUUAAACAAUCCGCAGCAGCUAUUGAAUCAGCAGCGUUAGCAACAAUUCGACAACAACAUGCUACACCAAAGAGUUCGAAGUUAUCUUUCAAAAAACAAAAAGUCGAGUCACUUCUAAGUGAAUGCCGGUGGAUGGUGCAGCAGCUGGACUGCCCCCCAAUGAAGUUAAAAUUCGAUCGAAUCUGUUGUCAAACCCAAGAAGGUGAAAUGUCUCGAGCGAAUUUUCGUACGUUAUUGAAGAUUCGUUCGAUUCUGAAAAAUAAGUUGCCGUAUCGAAACAAAAACGCAGAUGACUAGUUUCUUGAUGUGGGUUCUGGAUAGAGUCAAGUAUUCUAGUUGAUUUUGAUACAUAAGCAAAUAUAG